CUUCCUUUCACAUCACCUUAAUUCAGGUCAAUUCUCAAUCAUCAAUAUGGGCAUUUUUCACUGAGGUAUUCACUAAUACAGCAAUGUAUUACCUUUCACAGACCACUUCAACACAAGUACUUUCCCCUCAUUUACUGGUGGAAGUCAUGGCACUAAAUUCAAAGGCAUAAAGAACUUCUGCUCUUGACACCACUCUGUUAAAAAUGUAAAUCAUAUAUACUCUGCCACACCUCCACCGUUGCAACCAUCUUCUGAUGUCUAUUUAUUUCUCGUUUUGUGCUGUUUGUUUCUUCAUCUUUUUAUGUAUGUAUAUUUAUAUCGUGUAUUGUGUAUGUGUAUAUAACCUGCACUUUAACUCGAGUCAAGCACGGUCUCAAUCUCGUAGUAAUCUGUUGAUGACAAUGAUAAAUAAAUCUUAUCUUACCUUGAAAUGUAAAAUUGAAGUAAAGAAUAAAAAUUUAACUUAUGACGCAUAAUUUCAAAUGUUCCCCCCAUUUUCAUUAAUCACUGUUUGUAGUGUAUUCAGUUAACAAUGGAUGGAUGUAAUGUUGCAGAAAAAUAAUGCUGAAAAAAAAAAAUGUUUUAAUAAAAACAUAUGUAUGUAUGAAUGUAUGUAUGUAUAUCUUAGUAUCCUGACAUAUUGUCAUCUUCCUAAGAUAAUGCCCUACUCAUUAUUUUUUAUUUUAUUUUAUUUUUUUACCAAAGGUGAUUCUGACCAAAGGAGAAAAAAAACUGUUUUGGCCAAAAAAUACUUAGGCUAUUGUUUUAGGAAAGGGAAGAUAUGUUACAGUAAUAUUUGAUGGUGGUAAAAAGAAUAUUCAGUUUUUGUUUGAGCACUUUUGCUACAACAUAUUAGCAUCAUCUUGAUUGUUAACUAAAAAGUUGUGUUUUGUUUUUUGUUUUUUUAAUCCAGCUGUUCUGCAAUACACAUAACCUAAUUAUUUAUUUUUGUGUAAAAUCGCCUAUUCUCGCAAAUAAAGUUUGCUUUCUUAAAUAAACCUUUUGACUUUUGUUUUAAGUUUAGGAGUUUUCCCAGUAUCUUUGAACGUGUCAUGGUGUGGUUCUUGUGGCCCAGACAGACGCGGGACCAGGGUACGAAUGGCGGGGUUCGCUCUUAAUAUCGUUUAGGCAGAAGUGAAACUGAAAGCACAACGAGCCGUCAGCAUCACGAUGCACUGAGAAGAAAUAGCGUUUUAUUGUUCGAGCGGAAACAGCUCAGAGAGGAAGUCUGAGGUAAGAAGUUUUUAAUAUUUCUGAAAAUUGCGUCAUAUUUUGAAGCCGUUUAAUGAACUCAACACAUGCAGACAGCAGGUUAUCAGUCAAGCUUGACUGGAACUUUAGCUUGCGGGAACAUUUUUAACAUUAACUCUGCAUUUUUGUCUGUGUGCGUGCGCCUGCGUGACUGUGUGUGUGUGUGUGCGUUUUACUCCAAGUAGAUUAAAACGCAGCAUUAUCUAUUUUUAUAUUUGCUCAUUAAAGCGUGAAACCGUUAUCAGCUAUCAGGACGGCUUGUAGGAAGUCACGUGUUUCUGUUUUGCAGACUUGUGCAACAGAAAUGUGGUCGUUGAAGGGAUUUUCACUUAUUUUUCCCUCAAAUAAUUCGCAAGCCAUUUUUACUUGGUAAGAGGCAGAUAAUGGGAUCAGUGACUUUACAUUUUUAAAUCGCCCUAUAAAGGAAUUGAUGCUCUGUUUGUAAAUGCAACUACCUCGAACUGGGCAGCCAUUUCGUUUUUCUUUGUUCUUCACUAACUUUUUAUGCAUCUCUUAUGGUGAUCUGAGGUGUACACUGUACAAUUUAUGGUUCUUUUUUCCUCAAACUCACUGGAUCAUGAUCUGUGUUUACUACCGGUAGCAGAACUGUGUAGUUAUCUGUAUGUUGUGAUCUGAUUCGUUAAUAUCGAUGUGGUAUUUUCAUCGCUCAUACGUUUAAUGUUAGUCCAGCAUAGUUGACCAAUAUAUCAUGUCAUUAGAAUAUACAUAUCAAGUUAAAAAAAAUACAUAUUUCCUACAAUAUCUAUUUUGUCUGAAUGUGGCCAUUUAUUGGGCAAUCAGCAAAUGGAUAACAAUCUGUUUUGUUAGAAUGUAAAACAUUUCACUUUCAGAAACGCCAUCAGUCCUUAAUAGUUAAAAAGGUUUGUCAAAGGAAUCAAAGCUACAUUAAUUUAUGGCAACAUUUGACCAUUCCUGUCUCUUCUUGCUUUCCUAAUCAACGCCGCUAGAUCUUCAUCUCCCUUCCCUGCUCCGUCUUGAUUUUCUCCUAUUGAGAUGGAUUUCUCUGGUAGAUUUUCUAGUGGGCCAACAGAAAGACAAGCAGUGAAUGAUGACGUUGAUUUUCUGCGAUGUUUUAGAUUUUGUAGCCUGCCUGUCCUAGUUUUAGCAAUGAUAGCGGAGGAAGUGAACGAAGCCCUCUCGUUCUGUGUUGGCCACGUCUCCAAAUAUCGAACUAUCAUCAACAGCUGCCUCGCUCAGCUCAGCAGAUGUCUCUUCUUGUAGUGGAGGACUGUUUUUUUGUUUGUUUGUUUUUUAUUGUGCAGUCGAUUUUCGGUAAGCUUCAUAGCAACUGGAGCAUUAUAUCAUUAUAUCAUCAAGGGUAUAUCAUUUACCCUUGAUAUACAUCAAGGGUAAAUGUUAACGAUUGGUCCAUCCAUCCAGGAAGAAAUUGUUUGUCAAUAGCCGAGAUUGCAGAAAUGAGCCUUCAGGUUUGCCACUGCUGUGGUUGGACCAAAGUGACGACCCAUCACGGCCUGAGGGUCCACCAGGGCAGGAUGGGCUGCACACCAAAGGGUACGAGGGUCGCAGAGCCUCAGCAGCAGUACGCCUGGAAUCACGGCGGACAGACAAACAUUAACUUCAGUUACAAGCUGGAUAUCCAGAACACUGUCAAAAUCGAAAGUUCAAAUUAUUACUCAGACAUGAGCCUCCAGACGUGUCACUGCGGCUGGAAGAAAAUUACCAAUUACCACGGCUUGAGGACCCACCAAGGAAUGAUGGGCUGCACAGCGAAGGGGCUGAGGAUUCCCAAGGAAGAGCAGAGUGCCUGGAGGGACCACUGGAAACCACAACUAGAUAACAAAACGCUUCCGGUCGCAAAGAAAGUUAAUACGAAGGAGGAGAAUUCCCCAGAAAUACCAAGGAUGAGCGACUUCAGUAACCCCACAUCAGCAGGAAAGGUCAAAAAAGAGAACAAGUCAGCCUCUUCUCAAAAAGCAACAAGGUCAAAGUCACGCCAUCAGUUGGAGGAACGCUUCACACCUUUAAAGAGUACUGAGGAGUACUGGAGCGCCGGCAGCUCCAACAACCACGCAACAGCAGCAUCUAGAAUCAAGGCGGAGCCCGUGUCACCUCUGGAAGUUUGUAUUCCAAGAUACCCAGAAGGCCGCAGUACAACCUCAGCAGAGAGGAACCAGUCCUCGCUUCAUUUGAAGAUGAACCAUUGGCCGGGCGAAAUUCCAGCCGUCGAACCAGAGGACAUGUACAGAUUUUUUAGCGAACUGCCAAGCGCUCCAACUGAAGUCCUCCACGGAAAGAAGGAUUCACUGCUACCGACAUCGGGACAAGAAACGCCAAGAUCUCAGCUGCUGAAAGAAAUUCACAACUGCUUGGAGAAAUAUGAAAAGAGGAGGGAUGAAAAAACGAUGAACUCUGCUCACGAGACUGUGGAUGAAUCACCAAGGAUCUCAACCAACUCAGUAAUAAAAGCUGAAUCUUUGGAGAAGAACCAAUCAUGUGUUGCAACCCAACAACACCCAGUCAAGAAACCCACUGAAACAAAAACAGCAGCUGCUGAGCAGAGAAAUGAAUCUGUCAGCAAAUGCUCAGCAAAUAAACCUCCGGUUCCAGCUAAGAGGAAGAGUUUAGUCUUACUCACUGGGACACCAGAGAAAGCUGAAGGAUCUUCAGCCAGCGCCAAUGGAGAAAUGAAGAACGAUAACAAGAAAGAAGAACCGGUGCAGAAUGUGAGACAAACAACAAAACUCAGCUCAUCUCUAGAGGAGAAAAACUCACCCCCUCCCUCCUCAUUACGAAACCUCACAGACACAAAAGUAACGUCUCCUGAGCAGGUGAGCCGAGCAGCGCCCCCUGUGGUGCCACCAAAAAGGAAGUUGCGUUCAUUCCAAGUGAGGCAGCUGAGUGGGAGAGACUUUACUAACGACUUGGAAAGAGCCAACAGGGAAAUGAAGGUGAAAGAACUGGUGCGGAUGUUUUCCGUCUCGGCAGCCCAGGAGAACGCAGUAGGAACGGAGGAGAAACUCGGAUCAGAACAGCCACGAGUAGUGAAGCUUCUCGCUCAAAGACAUUCUGCCAUGCCAGCCCAGGAAUCUAGAAUCCAACCAGAGGUGGAAGAGAAGCAGGAGAAGCGUGCAACAGACAUAAAACCUGAGAUAACUCCAACAGCGGCAGAAGUGCCACAGAAGGAGGCUCCAUCGUCGUUGUGUGAGGCAGCAAAUCCUGACGUUCCCACCAACAUGACGGUGAAGGAACUGGCUCAGAUGUUUUCGACGCAGGAAACGGCGGCCGGGCCGAAGGAGAAACGUGGCCCAGGACACAGAUCCUCACAGGUAAAACUGAUGGCUCAAAGAUUUUUACAACCCACAUCCACGGAUGCAGCAGGUCAGCUAAAGAAGAAGGAUCAUGACAGCGUACCACGACCACAGCAGAAGUUACCAGACGCAACAUGUAACUCGUCCAAAAUGAAAACUGCAGCACAAAAGCCCACCAUGCAUCAGGAACACAAGCCCUCAGCAGAUGAAGCGACUCAGGUCGCAGGUUUGUCCUCUAGGUCAAAGGUGAAGGACCUGGCUCGGAUGUUUUCAACUAGGACCAUGUAGGGAGAAAUUUUAGUCCAACUAAAAGAGAGAAAUUAAAAUAAAAGUCAUUGCUGUAAAAAGUUUUGAAGUAGAGAAGUAAGCAUUUCCAAGAGUAUCGCUCCAUGUAUGCAUCCAAUAUCAGCUAUUUUUAAAAUGAACAUAAGAAUCAAAUCAUUAUUUUUAAAAAUCCAUAUCCAAAUGUAAAAAGACACAUCAAGAAAAUUACAUCAAAGCGUUCUGGUCAUGUUUCUAUACUGAUGUUAGCUCAAAGCUAACAGCCUGCGGUUGGUUUUCAGUAACAAAGGUUACUGAAAAUGUUCUGUCUUGUACAUUUAAAAGACUCCUUUGAACAUCGUAAAAUUGAAUGAAGAGUGUUUCAGCUGCUUUCUGUGAUCAAGGUACACCCUGUGUGAAAACAGUGCAGAGAUCAUCACUGUGUAGGUAUUUGACAGCUUCCCAGGUUUGAAUGGAGGUUCGUGCAACUUCUGAUGUUUUUGAUUCAAUAAAAUAAGCAAACAAAUGGGUUGUGUGGGUUUUAGGUCUUUAUACAGCGGCUCAGCAGAGAUCAGGAGUUGAGAGGCGUCAGCGUGUACACACAUGCAGGAAUGGUCUGACUUUAGGAGUUGAACCGAAACACCGACACUCAGGUUGAGCUGCUUCCUGUUCCAAGUGAGAGUGGGAGUUGCUAGCAACCAGACGGGUUGUUGUCUGAGCGUAUCAGACCGCAAAGGGAAUGCUUAGGAAACAACAACAAAAGCAGCUUUCCGUGUAAUUCGUCAUUCGUCAGCGCAAACCUGCACCAGCCUGAGUUCUUAGGUUUCCAUUUCCCUUGAAAGUGAAACCACAGACAGCGGGAGUGGUGUGGUUUCUUUUCUUUCUUAUGUCUACUGGUUUUCUUGGUGUUACAGAAGAGUUUCACUCUCUGCACAGAAACACAACAUUUCUGGACAAAUAUCAGAGGCCUGCUUCACAAAACCAGGAAGACGAAGGAAGUUGAAAUUUUCUGGACGUCCUGGCUGAAUUAAGCCUCGAUUCAGUUUCACGAAAGUUGUAGCGUGUCAGUUACCAUGGUGAUGUAUCUUGUGGAGCUAGCCUGCUUAGCCAGGCUAACAGCCGGGCUUAGCUAAUCCUGACUCGUUAUCUGUUCAGUCAGCGGUCACGCCGAUUAGAAACCAAUGAGUUUUGUCCGUGUUCUGUCAUUUUUGUGUCAGUUUUUUUUCUAGAGUCUGCCUGUAUGAAAAUACCACUGAUUCGUCUUGGCUUUCAAGUCCUACAUUAUCAUGGUCACCUGCACCUUUAUCGGUUUUAUAAUUAUCCAUCAAGGCAUUGUUACGGUUCGACUGUGUUUCUAAAUAUGGCGGUUCUAAGUAUAUUGGAGAUAACAUCUUCAAUUAAAAUCACGUUUUACGACUUCAAAUACCUUUAGUUUAUCACACAGUUAAAAAAUGCCGUUUUAAGUCACGCAAUGUUUAAAACAUGAAAUUAUUUACAUCAUAAACACCUUCUGUCUAUCAAGGGGGCUGCUAAUAAGAUACAAUUUAAUAAUCGUUACAACUUAAUGUGUCUUUUGAGUUAAGCUGUCUUUAGGGUGAAAGCUGAAGAACAUUAUUGUAUGAAUGUUUGGAACAUUUUGAUUGUUGAAACUUUUUUUCAUUACUGUGCUGAAGGUUGUAUGUCUUAUGAAAGGUAUUCCUAUUCCAUGACCUGCUCCUCGUUUUGUCACAUUAUUAAAAUGUUACUUAUUUGCUCCUAUAGAAAUGUUGCUUGUUUGCUUCCCCUUGUUUCUUUGCAGUUUUCCCAAACAUAACCUGACUUCCUGUUGUUGCACAUUUGAAGGCUUUAAAAUCACAUGUAUGCUUUUAUAUAUGACAGAUUAAAAAUUUUGUUUUAUAUUUAAAUUUGUAAAACUAA